AUGCUCGAAAUCAGCAGCACGAACUAUAUAUUUUGGCAUUCUUGUCCCCUUUGUGUACAUGAACAAAUGAAUAAUCAAGGUUUUAGUAAUUUAUUGACUACUCUCCGAAACAAAAAUAUACCUGAAUAUGAUCAAUUUGCUGUAGAUAAUGAAAGUCAAAAUAAUAAACUAAAAACAUUACAAUUUCUUUCGAAUAUAUCAACAGUUGGUGAUUCACUUUUACCAUCAUGGGAUAAUACUAAUGGAAUAUCAUUUUCUACAUAUGAUCAUGAUUAUGAUAGUUAUACUUUAAAUUAUCAUAGUACAUGA